GCAUUUCUCUCAGCACUAACAACAAACUUCAACCUCAGCCCUCCUAUAUAACCCCCCCAAACCUUUACGAACUUCAUCUCAUUCUUUCAAAGCUAGCUAGAGAUCUACAAAAACCCUAAAAAGAGAGAGCUCCCUUCAAAAUCCAAUACUUUUUCUACUUACAUGGAAACCUCCAAGGUGUUUGUCUUGCUUUUUCUUCUUUCCACCUUCCAUUUCCUUGUUGCGACUUGCAUCCAGUUUGAAGUUGGAGGGAAGAGUGGAUGGGAGGUCCCUAAAUCAAAGGAUGACUACAACCAAUGGGCAUCAACAAACCGGUUCAAAGUAAACGACACUGUUCAUUUCAGCUACAAGGAAGACUCGGUGAUGGUGGUAACGGAGGACGAGUAUGACAAGUGCCAUUCGGCACGUCCGAUCUUCUUCAACAACAAUGGAAACACUGAGUACAAGUUGGCCCGGCCGGGGUUGUUCUACUUCAUAAGUGGGGUGAAAGGGCACUGUCCGAGAGGCCAGAAGAUGAUCAUCAAGGUGUUGGAACCGGCGAGCCCUCCUCAGCCUUCUAUAGACUCGCAGAAAAAGAAUGGUGCUGCUGCAAUGGCUGCUGCUGUUUCUUCUGCAACUGUUAUGCUUUGCAUUGUGUCAUUCCUUGCGGUUUUCCUGUUCUAAGUAAUUGUUCUAGUAUGUAGAAUUCUUGGAUGAGUAGGUGUAUUUUAUUUUAGGGAGCAAGACAGACUAUUUAACAUUAUAAGUUGAAUUUAUUUUAAAAAUUGGUAUAUGUUGAAGAUGUC